AUGGGUGAAAACACCACUCGCAUCACCAAGGCAUUCCACCACAAAUCUCGGAACGGAUGCCGAACAUGCAAGACUCGCCGAGUCAAGUGCGAUGAGAAGCGGCCAAUAUGCAGAAAUUGCACGCGCAUGGGCAAUCAGUCGUGCGAGUAUGAUGCCGCAUCAUCAUCUUCUUCGUCUCCCCCCUCGGCUAUCCAGAGCGAUGCGAACAAUGGGAUGCUGCUGCUACCAUCGACAAAUUCGACAUGGCUCACAAGCAUGCCCCCAAUGAACACAAUGGACCUGCCAGAAACGCCCGCUCGACGGAAAAUGGAGCUGCGUUUUUUGCACACCUACAUGACGCAGCUGACCGAUCCGUAUGCAGGCUUGCCCAAGCCCCCUGAGAUCGUAGGCUGGCUGCAAAAGGCCCCGGUCCUGUCGCUGGAGCACGACAAUCUGCUGUAUAUGAUGCAUGCAUCCUCUGCAACAUACCUGUUGCGCUCGCUGCCAGACAACCGAGAAGUCGUCAACGCGAACCACGUGUAUCUGACACUCGCGCUGCGCGAACAGCAGAGAGCAGUCGCCAAUAUCGGCCCUGGGAACUGCGAGGCUGUGCUGUACACUGCGUUGCUUCAUUUUACGCACUCCGUUGCCAGUCUGUGGCAUCGCUCGACAGAUCCGUAUACAGCACCGACGGAUUGGUUACGAGUCGGCAAGGGAGUGCAGGCUGUCAUGCUCACAGCUCUUGGUAUAUUCAACAAUAACUCGUCCCCGUCAAGUCCAAGUGAACAGUCAUCACCUUCUUUGAUAUUCAUGCUGCGCAAUGCGCCCCCAGUUUUCCAACGUGAAACUCUACUAGCCAAGGAAAACCUGUCCUUUUUACCACCAACUCUUCUACUCGAUUACACCACAGACUCGCCGAGUCCAGAAGCCCAAAACGCAUACGAAAAAGCACUCAGUUAUAUCGGAAGCAUGUACCUCGCCGUCUCCACCGACGAGCCCAUCUAUGCGCUUGUGCGUCGGUUCAUGGGGUUCCCCAUGUUUGUGCCGGCGCUGUUCAUCGAUCUGGUUGCAGAGCAUCAGCCUCGCGCACUGCUUAUUCUGGCCAUGUUUUUUGCGCUCAUGAGCAAGGCGCAUUCAGUGUGGUGGAUUGGCGAUAUUCCGCAGCGGGAGGUUCUGUCGAUUCAGCAGGUUUUACCGCGAGAAUGGCAGGGCGCGAUGGAGUGGCCGUUGAAGAUGGCUGGGUUGAUGCCAGGGGAAGGAAUGUUUUGA